AAACAAACCAGCGAGCGAAAGCGACUAAUUAACAAAUUCCCCAAUAACUUUUCAUUUCAUAUGAAAUUUUGUGCUAUUUGAUUUUGAUUAGAAUCAAUUGAAAAUGGAACUAACAUCUACUACUCCAACAGUGCCCUUUGUCCAGGAACUAGCAAAGCAAGCAUUGACCAAAGUUCCAGAUCGUUAUGUUCGUUCACAUCCAAUAUUAUCAUCAUCAUCAUCAUCAUCAUCAUCAACUACUCCUUUACCUCAACUUCCUGUUAUUGACCUUACCAAAUUGCUAUCCCAUCAUCUCAAUCAACCUGAACUCAAGAAACUGCACUAUGCAUGUAAAGAAUGGGGUUUCUUUCAGCUGAUUAAUCAUGGAGUGAGCGAAUCAUUGGUGAAAAAUGUGAAGAAAGGAGCUGAAGAAUUUUUCAAUCUUCCAAUGGAAGAAAAGAAGAAAUUUGAGCAAAGAGAAGGGGAUGUGGAAGGAUAUGGUCAGGCAUUUGUAGUCUCUGAGGAACAGAAAUUAGAUUGGGCUGAUAUGUUUUUCUUGUUCACUUUACCAUCCCACAUAAGGAAACCUCACUUGUUCCCUAACAUACCCUUACCAUUCAGAGUUGAUUUAGAGACUUAUUGUGAAGAAUUGAGAACCCUUGCGAUCCAAAUCCUUGACCUUAUGGCAUAUUCUCUUGCUAUAGACCCCGCGGAGAUAAGAGAGUUAUUUGGUGAAGCAACUCAAUCAACAAGGAUGAAUUAUUAUCCACCAUGUCCUCAACCAGAGCUUGUGGUAGGACUCAAUUCUCAUUCUGAUGGUGGUGGCCUCACCAUCCUUCUCCAAGGCAAUGAAGUGGAAGGUCUUCAAAUUAAAAAAGAUGGAUUGUGGAUUCCAGUUAAACCCCUCCCUAAUGCAUUUAUCAUCAAUCUCGGAGACAUGUUGGAGAUGGCCACAAAUGGAAUUUAUCAAAGUAGCGAACAUCGAGCAACCGUUAACUCAGAGAAGGAGAGGUUUUCAAUAGCCACAUUUUACAGCCCUGCUUUAAAUACAAUUAUGAAUCCAGCACCAAGCCUUGUAACUCCAAAUACACCAGCAGUGUUCAAAAGAAUUAGUGCAGGAGAAUACUUCAAAGGAUACCUUGCACAAGAACUCCGUGGGAAAUCAUUCCUUAAUAGCAUAAGGAUUCAAGCCGAAAACGAUCAAAAGCCCUCACAACUUUACAAUUAAUGAAAACAUGCAAUACAAUUUUAACUUGCCAUUAAGUAUGUCACAUUGACAAGUAUAUAUAAUAUUCUUACUUUCUUUUUGUGCUUGUUUUGUACACAAUAAGUUGAUGCUUUAUCUUGCUGCUAUAUUUGACAUUUUAAGACAGUGUUUGUUAAGUCUAUUAAUUUAUUAUUGAAAUUACAAAUCAGUAUUGAUUUUAAAAAAAUAAAAUUCUUAUUAUUGAACCAGUUUUUUAAUAAGCAAAAUGAACCAACAAUGAAUUGGUCCAAGUAGUAAAAGUCAUGGUCGCCUUAAGCAGGUGUUCAUGGGUUUGAUUCUUGACUCAUGCGUACCGAAAGAAUUCUGUUGGGAGAGGAGAACUCACUUUGUGUGAUCUACAGG